AUGACUGGUACAAGUUCUUCUAAUCCCAAACGACAUGUCAAUGAUAAGGUCUAUGGCAUCACGAACAUAAAAUCUUAUGUUCUUCUCCUCCUAAACCUAGAUCGUCUAAACUACGAUUCCUGGAAAGAGUUGUUUAAAACACAUUGCAUUGGUUAUUCUGUGUAUAACCAUCUUGACGGGUCUUCUCCUGAAGCUGAUGAAACCAACUUGAGUAAAGUAGACAAUAUUGUUAAGCAAUGGUUGUAUGGCACACUCACUCACUCCGUACUCCAGUCUAUUAUCACGUCUGAUGCCAGUGCUGCCCAGGUAUGGAACGCAAUUGAAAACUUGUUUCAUGAGAACAAAGAAUCAAAGGCAAUGGAACUUGAUGAUGAGCUUCAUACCAUCACCAUUGGAGACUCAUCUAUUAUUGACUGCUAUGCCCUAAUUAAAUCUAUCUCUGAUCUUCUUACAAAUAUUGGGUUCCCAGUCCAAAAAAGAAACUUAGCCAUAUAUGCUCUGAAUGGUGUAUCUCAGAAGUACUCCUGCAUUGCCACCACGAUCCGACCCCAAAAACCAUUCCCCUAUUUUAUCGAUAUCCAGUCAAUGUUAACACUUGAGGAAUGCUCAAUUAAUAAAGAACACAUUUACAACAUACAAGCUUCCCAUUCCGACAACCCUUCUUCUCCAACAAUGUUGAAUGUUGAACACCACAAUCGACAAUCUAACUCAUCUGGUGGCGACACUCAAACGGGCGGAAGGGGUGGUGGUCAGAACCACCAUGGCGGAAUAGGGGGUUGCAAGCAGAUGCGGUGGUUGUGGCAGGUCUGGCGGUAUUGGACUUUCUCCUUUCGUUGGCGGUUGGGUAGGAGCGUCUUCUUGGCAAAUAAACUACGCACUUCAACGUGGGCUACUUCCUUUGCUUCCUUCAAUGACCCAAUGGCCUAA